GGUGAGGGAAGAAUGAGGUUAGAGCAGAAGCCUAGUGUGGUAAUUCAGGGAUUCUGUGGCGCUCCUCCCCCUCUCCAACCUCAGAUCCCACAGGGAGGACUCGUCGUGUCCCCGCCCCCUGGCCUGGGCCUCAGCAAUCCUGCUGAGUCAUCUCUGCUCCACAGCCCCAUCAGCCCCCAGGACUCCACCUUUAACCCUGUGCUACCGGCAGAGGGCGACGCAGCCUGUGCGGCACUGCCCUGCAGUGGCCUGCGGACCGGCAGGGGGCGGCCUGGGCAUCCCGUGGGCCUCAGCAGCCUCACCGACCCCCAGGCCCCGCCGUCCCCUAGGGCUCUGGUGUCACUUCACAGCCGCCAUCCUGUCAGGCCCCACCGUCCCAUAGGUCUCACCAUCUCACCAGUGACGGGCCAGGACCCAGGCGACCACCAACGCGGGUCCCGCCCCUCCAGGAACAGGGCUCCUCUCCUGGGCCAGAGCUGCUCUCCUCCUGCAAGGACUAGUUUGUCAGCCCCCUGGGCAGUGCUACUUCCGGCCCUGGGUGACUUGGCGCCUUCUGAGGGGACUGGACACAGGUCCUGUCAGGCGUCCGCGCAGGCUGCACUUCAGCUUGUCCCUCAGGUCCCCGUGGCUCCUAGAGUCGGGGAAGACGCGCCGCCCCCGCCGGGUGCUGUCCGCGCCUUUCCCGGCAGAGCUGCGCUUCCUCCUCGGCCGCCAUAUCCCGGCCCGAAUGGCCCCGGCGGAGCAGCUGUGGAAAGACUUCCAGCACUCUGUUGACUAGGAGAGGAGUGAGUAGACACACUUGUCUUGUUGGAUGUGGAGGAAAUGCUUGUUAUAAAGCUUACAUGAUUUAAAAGAACUUUCCAUGCAUCUCUAGCCUUUUGAUGAGGUUGAUCGUGAAGGUAUGUUGACUUUUCUUGAAGAUAUUUUCUGUCUGUUGACAUAAUCAUAGUCAGUGGACAUGAGUAUUGGAACAGCAUCAUGCACAGGUACUUGGAUGCUUCUUAAAUAUGAGAACAAGAAUUCCUCUCUAAUGGUGCAAUUGCAGUCCUGGAUAUAUACUGAAAAGAAAGGAAUUAAAUAUGGGCUAGAGAUAUAUACGCUCCCUAAUGACUGCAGCACUAUUUACAAAACACUGAGUCAACUAAAAUGUCCAUUAACAUAUGAGAUUUAAUAAAAUCCAUUUUUGAAAAAUAAAGAACAAGUUCAUCAUAGAAAAGCAUUGAAUCUUCUCAUGUGUGGCACCAUGACUGAUCUGCUGUCCAUUAUGUUAGGUAAAGGAAGUUGAAGCACACAAGCACUGCAUCUCACCCAUAAGAAAAAUUGUGAAUAAAUGAUAGAUGACAGAGGCUGAAGAUAUAAUAGUGGUUACAGUGAAUGAGGAUAUAUGGGCAAUCAACAGAAGCAAUACUAUUUCUUAUGAGAUAACUAAUUUUGAAAGUUGUGUGCCACAAGUUGAACAUAGUCCUACAAUGCCUUUUAUAUCUUAAAAUUGUUAGAAAAGAUGAGUUUGGAUCUUUUUUACCAUACUGUUUGGUAAAAGUGUAACAUGUGGAUAUUAUUAUAUAUAUAAAAAACAUAAAAAUUUGCCAGAUACCCCAUAAAUAGUUAAAACAUGCUGUCUUCCUCAGAAAAUUAAUAAUCUCUAAAAUUCAAAACCAACUAACCCUGAAAUUCAGGUAUUUAAAGAAAUACUUGUAUUUGUGCCUCCACCACAAGGUAAGUGUAAGCAUUAGAGCUAUUGCAGUUAACAGUCCCAGGAAAAGGUGAGGCUGAUGUCAACACAAGUCAUUCUGGCUGAUAGCCGAGUUCAACUUCUCUAUUCCAUAGGAUGAAAAAUCUGCUGGUCUGCCUUGCCUGGGUAAGGAGGUCAGUGCAGCCCUAUUCCUAUGAAUACGGUAGAAAUCGUCAACCUGGUUGGCAGGGCAGGUGACUAGAUGACAGGAAAGCAGAAACUUAUACUGUGGUUUCAUCCUGCGUAUCUGCUGUGACAGCAGACAGUGAAUUUGACCUAAUUUUGUUUUCUGAAGUGAUUCUUCCUCCUGUUAUAUUGGCAGGUUCAAUGGAUUUUCUGUGAACUUAAAAGAAUUUUUUCCAAAGAACGUUGGGUUUUGUAUAGGUAAAACUGCCUCCAAAGGAAACUCACCAAGGAAAGAGCGAUGGCUUGUGCUCAGGUAAUUGUUCCCAAGGGCAAGGGCCAUAUGUCCUUUCCUUCUCAAAAUCUUUGACAUUCUGAACUUGUAGCCUUUUACUUUUCAUGCAUAAUGAGCUUCUUUCCAAAUACAUUUGCGUUUUCUUCUUAUGAUAGUAUAUAUUCCCUCUAUUUUGUCAAUUUUGUUGAGUUCUUUUGUAUUUCAUACAGACCAUCUCAAUGGUAUCCUCAAGAAUUCUCUUAAUAGCUUUCUGCUCAGCGUGGACAGUGUAUUCCUUUUACAUAAAUUUUACAUGAAUAAAACGGGGAUAAAAGAAAAUGUUAUAAAAAUAACCUGUUAUAAUAAUUCUCCAGUGAUUGCAUAGUGUCCAAAAUAAAUGAAUAUUAUAGGAAAUAUUUAAAAGGAUUUUGUUACUCUCCUUGCUCUUAUGGAAGAAAUUACGCAGUUCAUAAUAUUCUGCAUUUAAAGCCCCCCCCCCUCCAUCCAUAUGCUGUGCUAUUGAAGAAUGGGUCUUUUGUACUUAUGGCACUGGUGUUAGUAGACAGCUUUUGGGGAAAGUGUCAGGCCCAACCACAGCUCAUACUGCAUCAGAAUCUAUGUUUUAACAAGAUCUGCAGUUCAUGGUAGUUAACAUUCAAAGUUAUGAAGCAUAGAUUAACAUAGUGAGACCUUACAACUGAUAAAUCCAUGAUCUCGAAUGGUGUACAUGGAGGAUGGAAAAAGAUAUUCCUAUGUUGAAGGCUUAAUUUUAGGUGAUACACUUCUUUAAUUCAUGGUCUGCACAUUUUGAGGAUAUGUUGAUGUUCUUUUUUUUUAAAUAUUUUAUUAUUUUUAUUUUGUGUGUAUGUGUGUAUUGCCUGCAUGUAGGUAACUGCACCCAUGUCAU